AUGGUUGUCUUACGGAAAUCUUGUCGAACUCGUCGUCUUUCAGAGAGAGCAAGAGAGCUCGAAGGAGAGAAUAAACCUUGCAAACGAAGAUGUUCAGGAGAGUCUAACAGUUCCUCCAAAUCAACAUCCGCUGACACCAAUUCACACAUCAACACCCAAAGCAACUCAGAUUUGAAACCAAUCUCAAUUUCAAUCGAACCCAGAAAGCCACACAUGAGCCUAAGGGAACAGAGGAGAUUAAGACUUCUCCAGCUGAAAUCGCUCCAAUCGCAGAAAUCAAGCGGCAAGGAGGCAAAAGCCAGCAAUCAGAGAGUUUCCUCUCCUCAACCUGACUUGACCGAUGAUUCGAACACAGAGUUAACCGACAGUGAGGCAGAGGAACAAUUGAUAGUGCGUACUUCGGGACAAGAGCCUCACAUUGAUAGAAUGUUGAACUAUAUCCAAUCAACCACUCGUAUUGAUGAUUGUAUGAUGUCUUUGACGCAUUCUUCUCCCCUGCUAAAUAACGAUGAGGUUGAAAUUGUUGAAUCUCCAAUGCUAGCGGAUAGCUUUUCUCCAUUAGCUUCCAACAUACCAGUGAAAACAGAACCUUAUUGGCCCAUGAGUGCCGACGAUGGAUUUUUUUCACUUCUUAAUGAUAAACCUCAAUUCAAAAACUAUUCUUUGCAGAAGCAGAAACCACCAUUGCUGGUUUUCAAUGGAGAUUGCAACAUCGAUGAUACGAGCCAUGUUCCUUCUGGUGAACUACCAUUAGAUGAGUAUCUCGAAUGUGGGAGCUUAGAAGAGGAGGAAGCACAAAGUGGUGAUGAAGUACAGUCUCCAUUGGAUGCUCUUGAGAUGAAACAAUACCCUUCUCAAUUAGAGUAUCGCUGUCAUGCUCAAGUCAAUUUGGCAUUGGUUCCUGAAUCUACGGAGAUAAAGGAGUCAGCAUCGCGUUCCACGAAACCUAGUCUCUCCAAAAAGAUCAUGUCCUUAAUGAAGAGCUAUGAUAUGCCUCUGACACAGAUGGAUUUGUUCAAUAGAGCUAUUAACAAGCGUUCGUUAUUAACGGGUAAAGCUUAUGAAGAAAUGUUUGCUGUUGGAGUCGAUAACGACUUUUCGAUCUGA